CCAUGGUCGAGCAAAAUGCAGAGAAUCGGAGUUUUUAAACGCAUCGCCUUGAAAAAACGAAGAAAUCCAGGUAGUGGAAAAAGAAGGCCAUCUCGACCGCCCAAUUCAGCUCGACCUUCGCCGGUGAUCGCCAUGUCCUCCACCGUCCGAUCCACCUCCGUCACCUUCUUCUUCGCCUCCCUCCUCAUUUCCUCACUCUCCACAGUCCUCGCUUCCGAGUCCGAUCACAAGUAUCAACAAGACGAGUCAGUAACUCUAUGGGUGAAUAAAGUUGGUCCGUACAACAAUCCACAAGAAACAUACAAUUAUUACAGCCUUCCAUUUUGUCAUCCAUCUGGCCAAUCUGGUCACAAAUGGGGUGGUCUUGGUGAGGUCCUUGGAGGAAACGAACUUAUUGACAGUCAAAUUGAGAUUAAGUUCCAAAAAAAUGUGGAGAGGACUGCUAUUUGUCAACUGGAGCUUGAUGAACCCAAGGUCAAGCAGUUUAAGGAUGCGAUUGAGAAUGGUUACUGGUUUGAGUUCUUCAUGGAUGAUUUGCCUCUGUGGGGCUUUGUUGGUGAGUUGCAUCCUGACAAGAAUAGCAAUAAUGUUAAGCAUGUCCUUUACACACAUAAGAAUAUCAUCAUCAAAUAUAAUAAAGAUCAGAUUAUUCAUGUGAAUCUCACCCAAGAAAACUUAAAGCCAUUGGAAGUUGGAAAGACAUUGGACUUGACAUAUACUGUGAAGUGGAUUCCUACUAAUGUCACUUUCGCUCGACGAUUUGAUAUUUAUUUGGACUACCCAUUCUUUGAGCAUCAGAUUCAUUGGUUCUCCAUUUUCAAUUCGUUCAUGAUGGUUAUUUUCCUCACUGGUUUGGUCUCUAUGAUAUUGAUGCGGACUCUUAGAAAUGACUAUGCUAAAUAUGCACGUGAAGAUGAUGAUCUGGAAACUCUGGAGCGAGAUGUUAGUGAAGAGUCUGGUUGGAAACUUGUGCAUGGGGAUGUUUUUCGGCCUCCUCGUAACUUAGUAAUUCUUUCAGCUGUUGUUGGUACAGGUGCUCAGCUCGCAUUGCUUGUUCUCCUUGUCAUCCUAUUGGCAAUUGUUGGAAUGUUGUAUGUUGGGAGAGGAGCAAUUGUCACAACUUUCAUAGUAUGCUAUGCUCUUACGUCAUCCAUUUCAGGUUAUGUUAGUGCUGGGAUGUACUCACGCAAUGGGGGUAAAAACUGGAUAAAAUCAAUGAUCUUCACAGCAUCUCUAUUUCCAUUUUUGUGCUUCGGAAUUGGGUUCAUCUUGAACACUAUCGCUAUAUUCUAUGGGUCUCUAGCAGCCAUUCCUUUUGGUACGAUGGUUGUGGUCUUUGUCAUUUGGGCUUUCAUUUCUUUUCCUUUGGCUCUUCUUGGUACGGUUAUUGGACGAAACUGGAGUGGUGCCCCUAACAAUCCAUGUCGUGUGAAGACUAUUCCUCGUCCUAUCCCUGAGAAGAAAUGGUACCUCACACCAUCUGUUGUCUCCAUGAUGGGAGGAUUGCUGCCUUUUGGUAGUAUUUUCAUAGAGAUGUAUUUUGUCUUUACGUCCUUCUGGAACUACAAGGUGUACUACGUAUAUGGAUUCAUGCUGCUUGUUUUUCUAAUUCUCAUUAUUGUUACUGUCUGCGUGACCAUUGUGGGAACAUAUUUCUUGCUUAAUGCCGAGAACUAUCACUGGCAGUGGACUUCAUUUUUCUCAGCUGCUUCAACUGCUGUCUAUGUGUAUUUCUACUCGAUUUACUAUUACUACGUGAAGACCAAGAUGUCUGGCUUUUUCCAAACCAGCUUCUACUUUGGAUACACUUUGAUGUUCUGCCUUGGGUUGGGAAUUCUUUGCGGAGCUGUUGGUUACCUGGGUUCCAAUUUGUUCGUACGGAGGAUCUACAGAAACAUCAAAUGUGAUUAGGGGUAUUUUUGGAAGCGAAAGACCUACGCUACCUUGAGGCAUUUUGAUAGUGGAGGCAAUAACUUUGAGAAGCCCUUAACACAUGGGAGGCCUAGCAACGCAGUAAUACCUGUAGAAAUUAAAGAUUUUGAGAUGGGGACAUGCUCUUAGCCCUGAGAUGUUUUCUUUUUGGUAAUUGAUGCGUUUUGCCCAAGCUGUAAUUGAAUAUCUUGAUUUAGAAUUUGAGAGAUUGCUUUUCAUAAUGUAGAAAAGUUGACCAAAUUGUUAGACCCAUGUCAUUUUUAUAAUAUUUUUUUGUCUUCACACAUCAGAAAGAAAUGACCAAGGUGUCUAUUUCUA